AUGUUGUCGUUACCUACCACUACGGUCAAGGAUAGAGACUCAAAUGAUAACAACGAACAGAAGAAAAAUCUACAACAACAACAACAACAACAACGAGAUUUCAUUACAAAUCUACUUAAACAUUAUUCAACAGUUGGACUUGAUAUGAAUUUUUUCAAAGAUAAAAAUAAUCGUGUACCAUUUACACGUUGUCGUACAUGUGAACAUACACAAGAAUUUUUUAAAACAAAUCAAUUUACUAUUCUUGCUAUAUCAUGUAAUCAAUUUGGUUAUCAAGAACCAGCUGAAACAAAAGAUGAAUUAUUAAAUGGUUUAAAAUAUAUUCGACCAGGAAAUAAUUUUAUUCCAAAAUUUCCUUUAUUUUGGAUAAUUGAUGUUAAUGGUAAAAAUCAACAUCCAUUAUAUGAAUAUAUGAAAUCUUGUAUACCAUCAACAAAAAAAUUUUUUGAAGAUCAUACAAAAAUUUUUUAUGAAUCACAUCAUUCAGAUGAUAUACGAUGGAAUUUUGAAAAAUUUCUUAUCGAUUCAAAUGGACAUCCAAUAAUGAGAUUUGAUAGUGAUGCUGAACCAUUAUUUAUUCGACAAUUUAUUGAAAAACUUCUUCAACUUAAACAAUACAUAUAA